GUAGAGAGAAAAAGAGAAAGCCAGGCAGCAGGAGCCCCGCAAACACCCCACCCUGCAGGAGGGGAGAAGGGGAGAGAUGGGGUUGAAGGGAGAGACAGAGAAAAGGGAGAACCAGAGGCCCAGCCAGGAGGACACAGACAGCCUGAGAGAGAGACGGCCGGCAAGAGUAAAGGAUGCAGGAACAGCCAGGCAGGGUCGGGGGCAGAGCAGGGGAGCGCGGGCCGCGGAAAGACCGAGAAAGCAGGAGACAAGGAGUUGUCCUUAAGGGCCAGAAGGAGGAACAAACAGAGAAAGGGGACUGGGGGGAGGGAAGGAAGAUCACAGACGCUGAGAGGGCGCGGGAGACUGCAAGGGUCUCCGGGUGUCCGCGCAUCCGUACCUGCGCGCGCGUGCGUACCUGUGGCUGGCGGUGGGCACGUGCACGUGCUCGGGGGCAGUGCUGGGGGCGGGAAAGACGCAAGACCGCGGGCUGCGGGACAGAUCGAACUCGAGGACCCUGACCCGGGUGACCCCCGCCCCCUCCCCCCGCGCUCCCGGGCCCCGAGCUGGUUAACGCGCCGCCCCCGCCGCGCCGGCUCCUCCCCGCCAGGGCAGCGCCCCGGCUCCGCCAACGCCCUCGCUAGACCUGGCGGCCGGCCUCUGGGCGGACCGCGGGUCCCUGGCGGCCGGACCGACCCGCGCCUGGCGGAUGCGCCCGGCGCGCCCACAGCAGCCCCCGCGCCCGCCGUGCCGCCGCCGGGACGUCGGGCCCUUGGGCCGUCGGGCCGCCUGGGGAGCGCCAGCCCGGAUCAGGCUGCCCAGAUGCGGGCGCCACUCUGCCUGCUCCUGCUCGUCGCCCACGCCGUGGACAUGCUCGCCCUGAACCGAAGGAAGAAGCAAGUGGGCACUGGCCUGGGGGGCAACUGCACAGGCUGUAUCAUCUGCUCAGAGGAGAACGGCUGUUCCACCUGCCAGCAGAGGCUCUUCCUGUUCAUCCACCGGGAAGGCAUCCGCCAGUACGGCAAGUGCCUGCACGACUGUCCCCCUGGGUACUUCGGCAUCCGCGGCCAGGAGGUCAACAGGUGCAAAAAAUGUGGGGCCACUUGUGAGAGCUGCUUCAGCCAGGACUUCUGCAUCCGGUGCAAGAGGCAGUUUUACUUGUACAAGGGGAAGUGUCUGCCCACCUGCCCGCCGGGCACUUUGGCCCACCAGAACACACGGGAGUGCCAGGGGGAGUGUGAACUGGGUCCCUGGGGCGGCUGGAGCCCCUGCACACACAAUGGAAAGACCUGCGGCUCGGCUUGGGGCCUGGAGACCCGGGUACGAGAGGCUGGCUGGGCUGGGCAUGAGGAGACAGCCACCUGCCAGGUGCUUUCUGAGUCAAGGAAAUGUCCCAUCCAGAGGCCCUGCCCAGGAGGUGAGCCCCAGGACAGGCACACGAGGCUGUGGUGGGAAAGGCCCACAGGGACAGGGUGGACUCAGAUCACUGCCCCACAAACAGUAUCUAUGAGACUGCCUGAAAGGCCACCAUUAGCCAUACUAUCAUGUGGAGUACACAUCACCUUCCCUGGUGUCCUUUCAAAGGAGGACCUUCCUUGCUGGGUUCAGUUCCAAAUACAUUAGGAAAAUUGAGCUGGCCAGGAGUUCCCAACCCUCUCAAACUGAACACCCCCCUUUUAAUAAGAAGGAUUUGGGAAUACCCUCUUUAUCAUUCUUAAUGAAGUUCAUGGAGAAUGUAGCCU